GUAACUCACGGUUUCACUUCGCUGUUCACUUCACUGCAGACUUGAAAUUCUUGGCCGCAUGCGCCGCUCUUUCAUGUUCUCACCUCUCCAGAGAGGUGCACUGUGGAUUGUUACCCCGGAGGGAAUUGCUGUUUGGUAGUGGCGGUACGGUGGUGUGCUGAGGUUCAAGGACACGAUGGCGGACGCUGACUCCAGCAGCGAGGAGAUGUCCGCCGCAACCAGUGCAGGUGACGGUAGCGGGGACGACUGGAUGAAUGCGGCAUUGAGCUGGUCCAUCCUGACCAUGCACUACUUAUCAAGUACGUCUGGCACAGAUCCGCUGUGGGAACGGGCGCUGGAGAACCUCAACAGACACGAGGAGCAGCACCCCAAGCCACGACUACCCGCUGCUUCGCUGGCCAUUGAGUCACGUGAUGAGGCUGACGGCCUGAUCACGGAGACAGUCAGCAUUGUAGAAGCAGCGGUUCACAAUCUCCGCACUCGCCGGCAAAUGCUCGAGGAGAGGAAAGAAACUGCUGCUUCUACCACACAGGAGCAGGAGGCAAGUUCACCGUCCCGCCCCGAGCGGGAAGAAUGCAUUAGCCCGGAUGACAUGGAAGAGGACCAACCCAGUGACGACACCACGGAAUGGUUGCCAUUCCCCUCCAAGCGGCCAUCACAGAUGGACCUGCAUGGCUGGAUAUCAGACCUUCAGACUAGCUUUGGUUCCAGUAUUGCUGGCCAGUUCAAGCGGCAGCGACUGGAAUCCGACGAGGGUGCAAUGUCCGUUGAGCAACAGGAGAGUGUAGAUCAGACGGACACAGCUCCUGACAAGGGUGCUUACCUGGUCAUGAUGCGCAAACGACAGGAACUUGCGGAUGAACUCAUCUCGUCCGAAGCACGUUAUGUUGAGGACCUUGAAGCAGUGUUGAAGAAUUAUUAUGAAGGUUAUGACUAUGGCUCCCUUGCCAACGUGCCAGGAACACUGCGUGGCAAGAAGAACAUCAUAUUCGGGAAUUUGAAGAAAAUUCUAGAGUUCAACAAGAGUUCAUUCUCACCCGCUCUGGCGGCCGUGCAGAAAACUCCGCUGAAAAUUGGGCAGACAUUCAUGGACUACGAGCGUGAGCUUGGCCUGUACUCAAUCUACUUCAAGAACAUGCCCGCCCAGGAGGAUCUUCUGCAAGAGAAUAUCCAGUUCUUCCGAUCAAUCCAAAUCCGUCUCAAUGACCCGUACACGUUACAAAGUUACCUCAUCAAGCCCAUGCAGCGCAUGACCAAGUACAAGCAGUUCCUAGAGAGUUUUGUGAACUACACACCCAAGACUGAGAAGAUGGAGAAGUUUCACGAGGAGCUGUCCGGAGCGCUGUGGCUGGUCCGCUUCCAGCUGCGGCAUGGCAACGACUUGCUGGUUCUGGACCGGCUAAAGGGCUUUGGAGGCAAUCCGGCUGAGCAGGGUCUGCUACUUCGACAGGGAGAGUUCCAUGUGCAGAACAAGAAGGGGCGUCACGAGCGCAGGGUGUUCCUCUUCGAAGAAAUGCUCCUGCUCGCCAAGAAGCAGAAGCCGGCGAAGGGUUCCAGGGAAGCAACCUAUCUCUUCAAGGAGGGCUACAAGGUCUGUGACAUGGGCAUAGUGGAAACUGUUGACAACAACCCAAGCAAAUUUGAGCUGUACUUCAAGAAACACAACAACAGAGAGAGCGUGGUUCUCACGCCCAUGGAUACAGAAGGUAGAAGUGCCACAGACAUACAUGACGAGUGGGUGGCGGAUGUGCAAAAGUUGCUCUGGCAGCAGUUCAAGAGAGUGAAAGAGCGCAUGGAGAACCUUCGCAGUGGCGUGGAGGCAUCCAUGUUUGGCAACAAGCGUGCCAGCACCAUUUACGGCGAGGUGGGAACGUUCGGCGGCACCCCGCCUGGCAGCGUAUCACCGAUGACAUCAAUGCGCGGCGAGAGCAUCGUGAGUGGCGGCUCGAAGGAUCAACGAGGCUCCGUGCAGACGGCUGGUUCUGGUGGAUAUGCUGUACCCACUGGAACUCUGCAGCGCAUCGGAUCCGUGAAAAAGCCAGCUGGAGGUCACGACAUCAGUGGCCAUGAUAUCAGCGGGCCGAUUCGCCAGCCACCGCUUGCUGCAGCCGCCUCGCCGACAGCGUACGCAGUGUCUUCUCCCGUCAUUGUCGGCGCUACCGGUACAGUGGAUCCACGCAGCAGGCCUGCACCCACGGUGCCUCCUCCGCCCAUACCGUCGGCAGAGAACUCUGCUAGCUCCGUUGUCUCUAUGCCACCGCCACCCCUGCCGGCGCGUAACUUCCCAGCGGCGGCGGCUGCGUCAGAUUACUUGACUCCGGACGAACCGAAGCCUAUCAAUCCCAUUGCUCCAUUGCCAGCCCCGCCAGUCGACUCACAAGGAGAGGACGAUCACCAGUACGAGGAACCUCCGCCGCGUCCUCCGUCACCGCUCGCCGCUGACUACAGGUCGGAUGAGAAGCCUAGUCCAGUCCAGCCUAUAACGCUGCCGGCGGAGCCAGAGGAACCAGUCAAGAGGCUCGUAUCGCCAACUCGUGCACCUCCGCCGCCGCCACCAGCAAUGGCGGCGCCAGCAAGUGACACAGCCCGACCACCUCUUCCAGCCAUUCCCGGCGACGAGGGCCAAGGUGGCGAGGGCCAAGGCGACGAGGGCCAAGGUGGCGAUGGCGAACACAUCUACGAUGAAGUGUCCGGUGGAGAAGACGACGACGGUUUUGACGAUGACGACGAGUUUGAUCCUCCUCCGGCCGACGAGGACCGGCAGUCCGUGGCGACGGAGUAUGAGACUGUUGAUGGGCCUGCUCGCAAGUCCUGAUCACUAACGGGAAGAAGUUGACACAAGUGUGCUCUGAACAUGCAAUGGCAAUCUCUGUGGAUUUGAUUUGCAUUAUUUUGUUUAAUUUCCGAUGAUUUUCCGCCCAACACUGAAUUUGUUGCGGCGGUUUUACAGAUGAUUUUGUGUAAACGUUUGGCUAUUCCAUUUUGCUAUUCGACAUUUGAUGAAAGUUGUCUACCCAAUAAUCUGUUGUGGCCUGUAAGGUGUGCAACCCCCGGAAGGAUUUGUUUCUAAAGCGGAUUUGUAUUUUCAACCAUCUGCCAGGGAAGUAAUGAUGGAAGUCUAACUUAGAUUUGCUAUCUCAAUGUUACUUUAGUAAUAGAGCAAUAGUGAACUUUGAAAAGAACAAUUUAUGCCAAUUA